UGUCGGGCGCUGGGCGUGCAACUAUGGUGUUAUGAAUGCUACAGUAAUCCAUUGGCACUUCUGCUGGCUGUAUGUAAUUAUCAACGGGAAAGUCGUCUUCUUGCGGAGCUCAAUGAAAAAUGUCGCAAAUGUCUAGCGCUCCAGUCAAGCAGUAUUGAUUACAGUAAAUGUGUUAAUAUGGCUUGCAUGGUGAAGCAAAAACGUAUCCUACUGGGUCGCUCAAAAGCAGAACUGGCAGUCAGAAGUCAUUCUCUUACAGAGCGUGGAUUUUCUCAGCAGCAGUGA